AUGAAUUGCAGGAAACAGCUUGGUAUCAUCGCAUAUGGCGAAGACUACAAGCCUCCGAAGACACCAUUGGACUGCAAGAGACUUUUCCAAAAUGUCCACCUUCGUGGAUACAUGAGAAACCUCUUCAGAUUCUUGGAUAUGCUCCAUGGAACGACUAACGCAACAAUUGAUUCAUACCAGAAGUAUGCAACAUAUAUUAUUAAGUUUUUACUUCCAGAAGCACCAGCUAAAGUUGUACAACAAAACGUUGCUUCAGAUACAAUCUUAUAUUUAAAGCAAGGAAUAUCCUACGAAGUAUUUUUCGAUGCAAUUAUUAAAUACGUCGCACUUGCAAUCAAAUCUUCACAAGUUCAAGAUUUAAUUAACAAGCUUUUUGAAAUCUUAAAUCAUUUCAACAACAUUGCACCAAAUACAUUAAUUUCUCUUACACGCAAGCCAGAGAAACUUCCUCUCAACUACUGGUCAUCAUUAAUUAACGCUGCCAGUGAAAUUCGUCCAUGUUUCAUUGUCCUUGGCGUUAAUACACAGAGAUCAAAGCUUUUCGAGAAAGUUCUUGCCGACAAAACAGGCGCACUCCUUCUUGAUAUACCAAACUUGAUUAAUUGGCCUUUAAGAUCACCAAAGAUCGAAGCUGCAAGAGUUAAACUCACACAAGGUGGUUAUAUUAUAUACCAAGAAGCAGAAGAUAUUAUUGUCGAAUGCGCGCUUUCAGAUGAAGCGAAAUACCGUGGUUGGAUCAUUCCUUCCUCUUUUAAGAAGGAUACAUUCGACUUCCAUAAGCUUUUCUCAUCAGAUGCUGAAAUGUGGCAACGCUGCUUCCUCGUAGACCUUGAAAUUUCCCUUGAAAACCUUAUUGACAUUUCAAACUCCCGCAAAUUCGAUCCACAAGACGAAAAGAUCAUUUCCUUCUUAGAACCAUCGUCAUUACUCUUCGUACAGCGUCUCAAACGCCGCGAAUUCGUUGGACGCGAAAUUGAACCUGCAGAAGAAGAAGAACACGCAGAACCAGAAGAAGGAGGUGACGAAGAAGAAGAGAAAGAAGAGAAACUCAUGCUUUACAAGGCUCCUAACUAUUCUACGCCGGAAGAAACAGGAGAUGAAACUAAUAAAUUAAAUGGCGAAGAAGAAGAUGGAGAAGCCAAAGCCAGACUUCUUACAUUACCAGAAGAAUCAGUUAAACAACUUACAGCUCGUUUCAAUAAGCACAAAGACGAAAAAGCCGCAUUUGUUUUCGACAACCCUCACAAACACAUAACGAUCGACGCUACGCAAUCAUUGAAGGAAAUGGCUGCAAUUGUUUGCGACCAUGCUUCAAUAAUUACUCCAGCUGUUUAUCCAAACCCGAUUAUCGUCAACGAGGAAGAAGAACAAGAGGAACCAAUGUUCUCUCCUGUCGGUAACAAGUGCGUUGUAUCACUUGUCGAUGAUAAAGAAACAGUCGAAGGAGAUACAAAAUGCGGAAUCAAGUUUUACGGUUUUACUUUCUACUUCAAGAACGAAGAUUACAAACGUAAGUUCUGCCAGCAUCCACUUGAUUACCUCAAAGAAGUCUAUCAUACAUACCAUCACCGUAUUAUCAUAAUGGGUACGGAUAUUUCUGGCAAGAAGUCGGUUGCCAACAAACUUUCCGAGUUCUUUGAUACACCAAUCGUUGAUUUUAACACGGUUGUCGAGGAAACUAAGCUUAGAAUUAAGAAACCAUCUGAAGGUGAAGACGAAGAAGGCAAAAGCGAGGAAGGAAAGACAGAAGAAAAAUCAGAGGAACAAACAGAAGACGAAACUAAGUCAGAAGAGCCAAAAACUGAGGAAACAACUGAAGAAUCUAAAACAGAAGAAACGACAGAUGAGGCCAAACAAGAAGAGCCAAAGCCAGAAGAAGGAGCUGAAGAAGCAAAGCCAGAAGAAAAUGCUGAAGAACCAAAACCAGAAGGUGAUGAAGGUGAAAUUAAGCCAGAAGAGCCUCCAAAACCAAAGAAACCAGAAGAAUUACCACCAGUAUUCACUACAGGCUACAUUACAAUCAUGCCAUCGAUGGAUCUUGAGCCACUUAAAGUAUUCCAGCAAAAUGAGAAACUUGCACCGGAAGUUAUCAUCUGUCUUAAGAUGAAGAGUGAGCCAGAGUUCUUAUUACCAAGAAUCUCAACUUAUUUGGAGUCCCAACAGAUCGAUCCUUCUCAAAAUGAAGUUUAUUUGAAGAAAUACUCGAAAUCUAUCGAAAAAUGGUCGGAGAAAUUCAACGAGUUCCAAGAACAGAUCAAAGAACUGAACUUGAAUUUACAAGUUCUCGAUGCUUCUCUCAAGCUCGAUGAAGUUUUCUGGGAUGCAGCUUAUUUGGCCGAUCCUUUGCUUCCGAAAUGCGAAGAUGUUGAAGGCGAACCAACAUUUGGAUACCUUGGCAACUUCUGCCCUGUCACAAUGAAGGACAAAAACCUUUUACAACAAGGAUCUGAUGUAACAGCCACUUUUAUGGGCGCAAACUUCGCUUUUGCCGAUGAUACCGCAAUGGAGAGGUUCAAGGCAGCACCAUUGGCCUUCCUUGGCCCAUUGCCAGCUGUUCCUCCACCAAGAAUAUUAAUUGUUGGCUCAAGAGGAACCUCUAAAUCAUCUAUUGCAGAGAAUCUUGGUAAGACGCACAACGCUCCUGUAUUCGAAUUACCUCCAAAUCCUGAGUUCAAGAGGGCAAAUGAAGAGGAAGAAGAGCCAGAUCCAGAGGAAACGACCAAGAAGACACUCGAGCCAUUCUACAAGAUGGUCAUGGAGAAGACAGACAACCAGAAACUCGGCUGGAUCAUUGAAGGAACUCCAGCUCACGGAUCUGCCGGACAAUUGCUCUUAGAUAGCGGUCUCAAACCAGAUUUCGUUAUCAAUCUCGAACAUGACGAGAAGUGGGCUUUGUCCAGAAACCACCACAGACUGAAAGAUGACGAACAAAUCAUGAAUGAAGAAGGUGAAAUGAGCGGAAUCGCCAAAGAAGUAGCAGCAACAGUUGCAGAGGCCACAGCAAGAGGUGAAGCCAUAACAAUUGAUACUUCAAGAAGAUUCACAUCCAUCAUGAAAAUGGUAAACAACGCUUUACAAAGGGAAUUACUCAACAGAAAGUCAUUAUUCCUUUCCCAGUUGUCACAGCCAUUGGAAGAACCUGUAGAAGCCUUAACACAGAACACAUGUUUCAUAUCCCAAUUUGGCAGAUAUUGUCCUGUUUGUUUACACGAGACAGGAUCACUCCAUUUAACAGAUCUCUCUAUUGCAUGCACAUUCCUUGGCAGGGCUUUCUUCUUCGAUACAAACAAAGACCGCCAGAAAUUCAUGGAUGAUCCAUUAACUUAUGUCACACAAUUAAGACCACCUGCUUUUCCAUUUGUUCCAAGAGUUUCUGUCCUUGGAUCUCCCGAACUCGCUGCAAGACUCGCUGAUUCUCUUCAGGCGGAACUCAUCAGGCCAAGAGAUGUCAUCGCAAGAGUUGCAAAGCAUUCAACAACAUUCGGUGCAAAGAUCAGAAAAACUCUUGCAAGUGGAGGUGCCGUUGAUGCAUCCAUUUUCAAGGAAGCUCUCAGCGCCGUUCUUACAAGACACGAUUGCCAAGUAAGAGGUUUCGUAUUGGAUGAAUAUCCUAUGAAACUCUCCGAAUUACUUGGAAUGAGAACAGCAGGAAUCAUGCCAAGCGACAUCGUUGUUGUAAAAGGAGAUGAACAGUUAAUACAGCACUCCAUUGAGAAUUUCCAUAAUGUCAUUGAUGUUUCACAAGAAACAACAACAUGGAUGAAACUCAUCAAGGCAACAGAAAGACUCAACUACAACAUGAACCAGAGAUGGGAGAGUUUGUUGGCUAUUGAUGAGAAGAGGCCAUAUUCUGUUUCCGCUUUGGAUGUGUCUCCUGAAAUGGUCGAAAAAGGCCUUGUAGAAGGUGUCGGCCAUUACUGUCCAAUCACUUUGAUUGCUGACAAUGUCGCUGUUGAAAAUAACAGCAAGGACUGGGAGAACAUCGUUUUCUUCGAAGGAAAGGCUUAUCACAUGAGAACAGCUGAUUUAAGAGAUGCUUUUCUCACUUCUCCAACACCUUUCAUUUAUAAUUGGUCUGGCAAGAAAUUGCCAAUUGCCAAGCGGGAAAAUGACAAUGGAAAGCAGCCAGAACUCGAAGGCUACGAUGUCAUUGAACUCCAGAAAGGAAAGUUCAUCAAAGGACAAGAGAAUUUGUUUGCCGUCGUUGAAGGAAAGAAAUUCGUCUUCGAGAAAGAAGAGAAUUUACUUGAAUUCUGCGCAAACAGUGGUCAAUACAUCACUGUGAAGCUUCCUCCUCAUCGCCCUGUUGGAGCUCCUGAAGGAAUGACACCAACAAACCAGUUGUUGACAGUUCCUUACUUGGAACAAAGUGUCGGAGAUGUUGUCACAGAGUGCAUCGUUGAAUUGACAGAAAGGAGACCAAAGAUGCCAGGAAUCUCCUUCGAAAAGUCAGUCCUCGAGUACAUAGCUACUUAUAUAAGAGCUAAUGCAAAGAAUGUCGGUCCUUUGUUGCAUGAAAGAUUCGUUCAACAAAUGAAUGAUAUGAACGAAUUGGUUGGAUUGGCUGCAAAGCUCAAAGAGUCUUUAGAGACACCACCAGAGUUAAGAAAUGAGGCUGAACAUGAGAGACUUUGUAAGUUAUGGAAAGAGAAGAAUGUCAAGAAAUAA